CUGUCCUACACAGAUGUGGGCGGACCGAGGGAGGCGACAGAAACAGCCCUGUCAAGAAGUUUUCAGUCUCAUCUGUCUUGUCCGCCGCCGCGUUUUUCAGCUGGAAAUAAAACACAAAGUUCAAGAUAUACGGGGCGGUCGAGGGGAAGAAGCGCGGGUGUGACGCGGACACGGCCAUGGACGGUGUGUAUGGAUGGGGUUUGGCCCCACUCAACCCAGUCCAAACAGGGAAUCCCUUCAUAGAGAUCAUUGAGCAGCCAAAACAGAGGGGGAUGAGGUUUAGGUAUAAGUGUGAAGGACGUUCAGCCGGCAGCAUUCCCGGUGAGAAGAGCAACGACACCACUAAGACUCACCCAGCCAUCAAGGUGCACAACUACAGCGGCCCCUUGCGUGUUCGCAUCUCUCUGGUGACGAAGAACGCACCGCACAAGCCCCACCCUCACGAACUGGUUGGGAAGGACUGCAAACAUGGCUACUAUGAGGCUGACCUGCAAGAGAGACGAAUACACAGUUUUCAGAACCUGGGCAUACAGUGUGUGAAGAAGAAGGAUGUGAAUGAGGCCAUUACUUGCAGGCUGCAGACCAAUAAUAACCCAUUCAACAUUCCCGACGCGAAGGUGUGGGAGGAGGAGUUUGACCUGAAUUCAGUUCGGCUUUGCUUCCAGGCCUCCAUCACUCUGCCUACAGGGGAGCUGUUUCCUCUGGAGCCCAUGGUAUCACAGCCCAUUUUCGACAACAGGGCCCCAAACACUGCUGAGCUGAAGAUCUGCAGAGUCAACCGCAACUCUGGAAGCUGCAAGGGAGGGGACGAAAUCUUCCUGCUGUGUGACAAAGUGCAAAAAGAGGACAUUGAGGUGCGUUUCUUUCAGGACUCCUGGGAGGGAAAGGGCACUUUCUCCCAGGCUGACGUCCACAGGCAGGUGGCCAUAGUGUUCCGCACACCGCCCUACCGCGACGUUAAUCUCUCUGAGCCCAUCAGGGUCAAGAUGCAGCUCCGCCGGCCGUCUGAUCGCGAGGUCAGCGAGCCAAUGGACUUCCAGUACCUUCCUGCUGACCCAGAUGAAUACAGACUGAGUGAGAAGAGGAAGCGCACAGGAGACAUGUUCCAGAGCCUGAAGCUGGGCCCCAUGCUGUCAAGUGUGUCCAUUCCACAAGAAAGACGGCAUAUAAGCACAGCGAGGAGAACAGUCACAGUGAAGCUUCCACCAAACCCACAAGCUGCAGCUGUAGUGCCCCCUGGUGCCAAUGCAGUGAAAUCUCAGCCCUCCUACUCAUACAGUCAGCCUGGCCAGCUCUUCUUAGUCCAGCCCAAGGUAGAAGCCUCCACCUCCAUCUCAGCUGUGACUACAAACCAAACAUGGAAAAUAAUGGAGAAUUUGAGCCUGGGCCCCCAGCCCAAAGCCACCCCACUGCCCAACUUCACAAUGAGCCAGACACCGUUGUCCUCCACCUCUACCACCACCUCCACUGCCAACCAGGACUACUCAACUGUCGACCUGUCCGACCUUCAUGAAUUCUUCCCAAACAUUUCCUCGGCCAUGGCCCAAGGGCCCUCAGCUUCUCAGGGAAGCGCGGCUGCCUCCCAAGCCAGCAGCUCCUUCACCCUCCAGGGCUCUCAGUUCCGGGUGGACGCACCACUUGUGGACGAUGAUAUCCCAGAGUUCCCUAGCUUUCCUGAAGCCCAGGCCCCAGGCACCCUGGACAGCCUAAACAUGGAUGCCUUUGAGGACCUUUUAAACCCCUGCCUCAUGAGCGAGGGUGGAAAUGGUGCCUCGAUGUUGGCCCACGCUGCUGCUCCCAGCGCUGCCACCGUUUCCCAGAACAACACAGCAUCCCAGAACACGUCUGACCCCACUGGCAACCCAGGAAGCACCUGGAUGAGUUACCCCAACAGCAUCGUCACCUUGCUCCAGAAUGAGGGCAUGAUUGACAUUGCGUCCAACAACCACCACCACCAGUCCGCCGUGCUGGAUGAGUUUGACGAGUUAAUGUCUGCCGACGAGGAUCGUCUUAUUUCCAUUUUCAACAGCGAAAGCCAAGCUGGGUUUGUGUCAGGACACCCCAGUUAAAGUUUGUCCAUGUGAUUUUAUUAUUUGUAAUGGACACAUUCACGUAGAUCAAGUGUCCUGCCUUCAGAACUAUGUCCUUUGCUGUUACUAAAGACAAAAUAAGGUGGUGGAUAUGAAGGGCUGGAGCAGACCGAAUGUAGCAAAACUGCUCACUGUGGAUAUGCUUAUUGAAAUACCAGUAAAGACUAUUUAUGGUAUUCUAUUUGUAUGUUUAGCCAGGCUUUAUAUGAUGACAUAUAAAGAUACAGGACAGAGUAUCACAGCCCAUGUUUAACAUCAAUCAUUAACUGUUUCUGCCACAUGAUGGUGGAAGAUUUAUCCAGCAACAAAUGUUGGGUUUUUAAAAAGACAAUCAGAUCUUUCUGUGGAACAUGUCAAGCAUGUUUUAUUUUAUUUGACUGUCCUUGUAAUGAUACCAGUAGCUCUGGUCAGUGUUAAUGUGUUUAUCACUGUCUUUUUUGUAAACGCAGCAGCCGGUUUGUCUGAUUAAGACUUAAAAUCCAAUGGGGAAAGCAAGUCUAUGCAAAUUAUGCCUCUUGUCUUCUAACUAAAUAUCCCUGCAUAGUACUGUUUUUUAACUGAAUAGAAUGUUUUCAAUUAUUUUCUGAAGGUCAGCAGCAACUGUAACACCACUCUCUUUACAGAUGCCUUUGUUGAGGUCUUGCUCAUCAAAAUCUGGUUGUUUUUAGAGCCAAAUGAAGGUUUAUGUAAAUAAUUAUCAAAAACAAAGUACAUGCUUAUAGCAGAAAAGUAUACAAGAGGCUAAUGCAUCACUCUCAGAGCUAAUCCAGAGCUUGGGUUUUUCUCUUGAGUUAACCUCUGAUUUCUAAUCAGUUUUUCUUGUUAUUUUAUAAAUAUGGAUGCAGUCCAGACCUGUAGGUCAACUUGCUUUUAUUCUGCAGUUAAAUUUGCUUCACUGAGCUGGCAUUAGGCAGAUUUAUACUUGUAUAAUGUAAGCAGAUUGUUUUUGUUUUUUUGCUUUCAUUAUUAUUAUAUCCAAUCCAAAAACAAUUUACUUGACAAUAAAAAACAGCAUAUAAA